AUGGAGGAAUUCCCCAAAGCAUAUGAUAGGAUCUAUACAAACCAGGAACAGUGGACCAUAAUGGAGAAAAAGACGUCUACAGAAUGGAUGGUGAACUUGUUGCUGAAAGUACCUGGGGUGGACAAGCUGGCGCUGAACAAUGAGGAUAAGACACCAUUUGAAAUUGCAAGAAAUGUCACGGAGUACCACGAAUCUUUCAGGACUAUAAGAAGGCUGCGAGGUUCUAGACCGGGGCCUAGACGAUUCAUGUACUGUGCACCACAAGUGAGCCAUAUAAAGUACAAUAAUGCAAUGUCAAACAAAGCCUAUGAAGCGAGACGCGAUGCAGAACUAGUGGUGGCAGCGCUGUUGGCCGCCAUGACAUGUGCUGCUCUCUUCACCGUCCCAGGCGGUUUCAAUUCGGAGAGCCCUAGCGAUGUACAGCAUGAUCAAGGGAGCCCUCUUCUUGUAUCCCUCGUUUCAUUUAAGCUCUUCAUUAUUUUCGACUGCAUAGCCUUCUUUCUAUCCCUCUUCGUUUGUACAAUGUGGGAGCUGAGCGCAGACCUUAACACAAAGAACAAGAGGCUGUUCAUGAAUGUCAACGCUAUGGUGGUUUGCCUUAGCUUUGGCUUUAGCGCUUCUGGUUUUAUGUGUGCAGUGUACGCGAUGCUGGCACGUAAGGUUAUGACCUUCUCUUGGGUGGUUUUGGGAAGUCUCAUGUUCAUUUGUUUGUGUAUUGUUCUCGGAUUUAUCCAUCAAACGCUACACUAUAUUGUGACGCAGGCCAGAUUCGAUCGCCUGGUUGGUGUAUCUUGGUUUUUCGAUGAUAUUGUUGAAAAGGUAUGGUGUGCAGCAGAACGCUGUGGGCUUCUCAACCUUUCGCGUUUCAGGUCAGGAUGUUUCGGAGGAUUUGAUGACUGGACAUUGCAAGUUCAAAUCACAUAA